GCCAUGUAUGAUUCGGACACCGCAAAGGACACGCCGAAGCGUGGGCCGUGCACAGAAGGUACACGUACAGAAGUCCUGAACCGCAUCCGAGCUUGGGCUGUUGAUAAUUCUCCGUCAACCCCUCCCAUCUUCUGGCUUAGUGGUAGGGCAGGCACGGGGAAGUCUACCGUCGCAUACAGUGUUUGCCGGGCUUUUGACUCUGGCGACAUUCGCCGUGGCCUGGGUGCCUCUUUCUUCUGUUCCCGCCAGGUCGACGAUUUGCGACGUCUGGGGAACAUCGUACCUACUCUGGCGUACCAGCUCGCGCGACAUUCGUCAUCGUUUGCGAGAGCUCUUCGCAGCGUUGACCACGAUGCUAUUCACAACUCAGAUAAACAUAUCGGUCAUCUACUAAUCCAUCCAUGGCGCUCAACAUCGAAGGAUCGUCCUGACGAUCUUCCUCCCACUCUCAUCGUCAUUGAUGCUCUUGACGAGAUCGACGAAGACGGCGGCCCUGAACUGCUACGAUCCCUCAUUAAGGCGAUGGCGGAUGAAGGGCCUAGCUGCAUGCGUGGCCUAAAAAUCCUCAUAACUAGUCGUCCUCACCCUAGCAUCGUCGACAUGGCCCAAUCGCUAUCACAUGACGCUAUCUACCACAUGGAGGACAUCGAGAAGCAGAAGGGCCGAGAGGACAUCAUGAAGUUCCUCGUCAACAGCUUACCAGAACUUGGGACUUCAUAUCGAGACGCAUUGGAAGGUCUUGCGGAUCUCUCGAACGGCCUGUUCAUUUACGCUGCCACUGUAGUUCGUUUGAUAUCUCGUCGUGGGCUUUCGACGAUGCAAAAGGCCAAGAGGAUGACUGCCAUAAUUCUAGAGCAAAAUGCCCGUCCAUUACGAGGCGAGAGCUUGCUUGUUGAUAAUCUAUACGCAGAUAUCAUCCGCGAUUCUAUCAACAGCCAUGAAGACGAGACUAAGAACUUCCGACUUACUGCUCUGCAUGGCAUCUUAUGCGCGCUUCGGCCCCUCACCAUCCACGAGCUCGCAGAACUCAUAUCUGAAGACUCUGACGACGCCGAUCCCGAGGCUGUUCGACUGCUUGUCGACGAUCUCCAUGCCGUCACAUACAUCUCCAAUGACUGCAUAUAUACAUAUCAUAAAUCGUUCUCAGACUUUUUCUUUGACGAGCGGCGCUGUGGCCAGGAGAUUAUCUGUGAAGCGGAUGCUAGCCAUCAUGUCCUUGCUCGAGGGUGCUUUCGUAUCAUGAAACGCUCCCUCCGAUUCAACAUAUGUAAUCUCCCGUCAUCGUACCUUUUCGACUCCGAGAUCAAGGAUCUCCAUGAAUCCAUUACCAAAAACAUAACCGGUGUAGCUGGCCUGGUAUAUGCAUGUAGGAAUUGGCCAUCACACCUGAUAAAAAUAUGUACAGCAAGUGAAGCUCUCCAUUGCCUCCUGCAUCAACUUCUGGCAUUCAGUCAGUCAGAGAAGGUGUUGUUUUGGAUCGAAGUGAUGAAUCUGCUUUCUGCCAAGGUAGAUUGUGUCAAUGGAGUGAGCGCGGUGAUGGCAUGGAUGGCCAAAUUAGUGAGCAAGACUGAGCUGCAGUUGGCCCUGACGGCAGUCUCGAGGCUUAUCAAGUCAUUUCUACAGACUCCUGCAUCGUUGUCGACACCGCAUCUGUACAUCUCGAGUCUAGCAGCAGAGUUUGCUUCGAAUUUAGGGAUACCGAGUCAGUGGAGGACAUGCUUCCCUAGUCUGCCACGCCUGCGCUUCAUGGGAACCAGCAACCAUGGCAGUGUCCUCACACGCGUGUAUGUCGGGUCUACAGUAUAUUCCAUCGCCAUCUCUGCUGAUGGCCAACGCGUCGUCUCAGGCUCGUUAGACAAGUUGGUGCGUAUCUGGGAUGCUUUCACCGGGAAGGGGCUGCAAAAGCUGGAAGGUCACACUGACCGUGUCACCUCUGUCGUCUUCUCCAUUGAUGGCCGGCGCAUUGUCUCGGGUUCGUACGACAAUUCGGUGCGCAUUUGGGAUGCAUCCACUGGGAGUGAGUUGAAGGAGCUGCGGGGCCAUACUGGUUUUGUCACAUCUGUCGCCUUCUCUCCCAACGGCCAUCAUGUGGCCUCAGGCUCAAAUGACAAGUCAGUGCGUAUCUGGGACACAUUCACGGGGAAGGAGCUACAUAAGCUGCAGGGCCACACUCAUAUUGUCAACUCAGUUGCAUUUUCCACUGUCAGUGGUGGCCUGUGUGUUGUCUCAGGCUCAGAUGACAGGUCAGUGCGUAUCUGGGAUGCAUCCACUGGGGAUGAGUUGCAGCAGCUGGGCCAUACUGGCAUUGUCACAUCUGUUGCCGUCUCUGCUGAUAGCCAGCAUGUCGCCUCAGGCUCCGGGCCGGUGCACAUCUGGGACACCUCCACCGGGAAGCUGCAGGAGAUGGAGGGCCACUAUGGCGGGGUUAACUCUGUCGCCUUCUCCGUUGAUGGCCAGUUUGUCACCGCGGGCUCAAGUGACGCGUCGGUGCGUAUCUGGGACGUGCCCACCGGGAGGGAGCUGCAGAAGAUGGAGGGUCACUUUAACAAGGUCACCUCCGUCGCCUUCUCUGCAGACGGCCAGCGUAUUGUCUCGGGUUCGUAUGACAACUCGGUGCACAUUUGGGAUGCAUCCAGCGGGGAGGAGGUUCAGAGGCUAGAGGGUUACGAUCAACUUGUGAACACCACCACAUUAUCUGCUAAUAGACAACGUAUCGUCUUGGGCUCAACUCACCCGAUGUGCCUCUAUGACGUGUCAACCGGAAGUCAGCUGCAUGAGCAACUAGUAGACCGCAGUGGCUGGGUCAUCUCCAUCGCCUUCACUGCUGACGGCCAGCGUGUGGUGUCGAGCGUGAGCGAUGGUUCGGUGCGCGUCUGGGACACGUCUACCAGAAUGGGCAAUUAUGAGACCGAGGGGGAACCAGAUUUUGAAGGUUGGCUUAUAUUUAAAAGACCCAACCAUCUUAUUUGGCUUCCAGUACAUCUACAUCCCGGCCUUUGCAACGUAAAUACACGCCUCAUAUCUUGUAUACGUCAUACCACGGUUGAUUUUGCACCUGCUUGUCUGGGGUCUGACUGGACGAAGUGCUAUAUCGGGUCAGAGAGGUGA